AUCCAAAGUCACAGUCAAACCACUUUAAAAGACCCCAAGGUCGAACCCGUCCUCAACUCUCAAACUCUCGGGUGGUCAUUAGUUGCAUUAACACACAACAACAACCCUCAUCGACCUUCUUGCGAUCCUGGAUCCGCCGCCCUUCUCUACACGAGUCGCAAGAAAAGAAAGCAUUUGAGAAAAUGCCAGCCGACCAGCCAGCCAGCAGCCGUCAAGACAAGAUGGCCCCGAACCCGUUUGCACACCCGCGCGUCGGCGUCUCCGUCAUCGUCCAGCGCGAGGACGGCAGGAUCGUCGUGGGCAAGCGCGAAAGCAGCCACGGCGCAGGAACCCAGCAGCUCCCUGGCGGACACCUCGAGUUCGGCGAAUCCUUCUUCGCCUGCGCCGAGCGCGAGACGCUCGAGGAGACGGGCCUGCGCGUCCGCGCCGUCAAGCUGUUGACCGUGACGAACGACGUGUUCGAGGACCUCGGGAAGCACUACGCGACCAUCUUCGUGAAGUGCGAGAUGGUGGACGCCGACGCGGAGCCUGUUGCCCUCGAGCCCGAGAAGUGCUCCGGCUGGUACUGGAAGACGUGGGAAGAGAUCCGAGAGAUCAACGAGGCAGCCAAGAGGGGCGACGGGGGCGUGAAGCUGUUUCUGCCGUUGCAGCAUCUCCUGGAGGAGCACCCGACCCUCGAGACGUCGCUUUGAGAGAGGCGGGAAUAGAGCACGUGGUGGUUUCCUAUUUCUUGGUUCAUAUUUUUUUUCAUCGACAGGCGGGUGUGUCUUGUUUUGGUCGCGCAUCGUCCGUCCGCUGAUUUGCUUCGGACUGGACGGGGACGUACGGCGGACGGCAUGUGUGUGCUUUAAGUCCAACUAUGGGAACAUAGAACAAAAGGUCUACACGUGAAUGAGACCGAGAGGCUGCAGACUGUAGUCCAUAGGAAAUUCCAAAAAAAUUCCAUUCUGUCUUUG